CUGGAAAUUUGUGACCAAAAAAAAAGGAAGACGGGAAACCUUGUAUUGGCUCAUUUGUCUAUGUGAUGAGGAGGUUUCUCCUCGACUUCCCUCAGGAUGAUGACCUCAUCUGCCACCAUGAGCAUUCUUGGCCAUAGAAUUAAUGGUCUAGUGGGCAAUACAGAGGCAGCCAACAAGUCCUAUUGUCCUCAGUCUCUGGUUUUAGGCACAAACUUCUCUGUCAGAAUGUAUGCUUUUGCAUCCAAGAAAAUGCUGAAAGGAACAAGUUGGGAUAUGAAAGAGAACAAAGGGUUGAGACUUGUGAGAGCUUAUGGCCACAGACCACUCACUUCACUUUUGUUCUCUCCAGUGACUGCAAUCCUGACCAGGUUCAAUUUUCAAAACUUCAACUCUGCCAUUUAUCUUUUCUCUACUGGUCCUCCCAUUCUGAUGAAGCCCACCGUUUUAUAAAUGAAGUCUAUAUCAAAUGAUAUAUAUGCCCUUCAUGAUCGAUCCCUUUGGCUAUAUAUAGUGGAUACUGAGUUGCUUUCAUUCCCUUAUGAAGAAAAAAGGAGAUAUAUUGUACCCCAUUAAUGAAGUGCUUGGGGGAACUCUGGUUGGCUAGACCAGCCAUUUUCUGCUGUUUUGGUGUUUGGUUCAUGAUGCUGCUCUUUGCAUUCUAUGUUUUCCAUAUAAGGUUUUGAACUUGUUCAGGGAAUUGGGAUUUUGAUCCUAUAUUGGCAUUUCCUCUUUAAUUCAGUGGAGUCUUACUAAACCCUGAUUUUUUUUCUUUUUUUGGUCAAAUUGGAUUAACCGAACUUCAUAUAAUAGGGGAGAACCCAAAAGAAAAGACUCCCAAAUUAUCAAACUGGCCAGCACAUGAUCACUGAGUACAGACAGCAAAACAAAGGAAACAAUAUUAAAAACACCUCACACAGCACAAGGACCGCGUCUAGAUAACCAAUUGCUAGGUGAGAGACAACAAGACAACCUUAAGCUCAGAGGAGUCAGAGCCGUCCACACCGGCACACAGCAUUAGGCACUUGUUGGCGGGCAAGGGAGACCAUCG